GGUCUAGAUCGGGAGACCUAUUCGAAGCCGAAGCUCGCCGUGGCCAGACAAGCCCCUUCGUCUCGUAUUCUCCACGCGGCGCACGCGUAGCCCCGCGGCGAUGUCGUGGCUCCGCGCGGGUUCGGCGCAGCAAUGGAAUACAAAUCUUCGAGACGCCUUCAGCCAGGCCGCCACCUCGGUGCAGAGGCUGGCCGAGCAGGUCCCCUUACCAGACGAGGAGCAGCUGCAGCAGAUCGGGCGGACGCUGAAGACUUCCGCACAGACCCUCGCAACGCAGGCGAAUGCGGCCCUCGAGGCAGCAGAGGACUCCCUCAUAGAGGGCUUCUCCGGGCUCGCCGGGGCGCUGGACCCCGACGGCGACGAGUCGGUCGCUGGGCCCAGCGGCUUGAACAUCCAGCAGCGUUUCGAGGAGGAGGGCCGCGCCCUGUCUGGCUGCGCCUCCAUCGUGGAGCUGCUUGACGUGCUGAAGAGCUGGUUGGGCCGCCUGAAGGGGCCUGGAGGCCCUAGGCCAGACGCGCUGGGAGCCUUCCUGCGCAGCGGCGCUCUUGGGGCCGCGCUGGGCGCGAUGGCGAACUUGAGGGCCGGGCGCGCGGCGCUCCGCGUGUCGGCAGGCUUGGAAGCCACGCGAGACGGCAACUCCGCGGCCCCGGUCGCCGUGGAGGUCGGCGCCGCGUUGCAGGCCAUCCUUGCGUGCGUCUCCAUGGCAGACGAGGUUCUGCGGGCGAAGCUCUUAGGGUUCUUGGCGGACGCCUCCGCGGCUGCAGCUGCCCAGGCUGGCGACCAGGGUAAGGCCCACGCCAAGACCACAGACGUGGCGGAGGUUCGCUUGGCACUUUCGCUGCUCGUGGCGAUCACGACCGACGCGGACGAGGUGCCCUCCGUCUCCAAGGGCAGCCGUGACGGCUCCUUGGAGGCAUGCCUCCAGGUGGUCACGGAGGCCUCGGCGGAGCCCGGCGCCUUGGUUCUGGCGCCCGAAGGCAGUGACGAGGUCGCUGCGCUGGCGGCGGGCGACGAGGUUUGGGCCGAGUGGCCAGGCGAUGGACGUUGGUUCCGCGCCUGCGUCGUCUCCGUCUCGCUGGCAGGGCAGCAGGCGGAGGUGGAGUGGUUGAUAGCGCCGCCCGACAUCAAGUGCGGCCAGGAAGUGGAAUACCUCGGCGCCGCCGUCGGCACGAGCGAGUCGGGCGCCUCGUUGCCGCUGCGGGCUAUACGCCCGGGCAGCGGCAGCGACCGGCCCUGCUCCUGGGCGGCAAUCGGGGAGGCGUGCUGGCCACAGGCCGUGGCGUCAGUGGACGCGCUCGCGAGGAGCUUCCGAGAGCUGCGGGAGCUUUGCGAGGCGCUGUCCAAGGGCGCGCCGCAGGGCGAGCCCCACGAGGACGCGGCCGUCAAGGCUUUGGAGGGCAAGCGCUCGGCGCUGGCCGCUGUGUGCGGGCAGGUGGAGCAAGCCGCAGGCGCAGAUAUGUCCAAAGGUCAGCAGUCGCUUUCUCCUGAGCAGGAGGCCGCGGCGCGGUCGCUGGAGGGCGAGUUCGCCCAGCUCUCCGGGCGAGCCGGCGAGAUCGAGCAGGAUCGGCAGGGUUUGCUGGCCAGGCUGCGGGCACUCGACGCCGAGGCGCAGGUCAACAAGGCCGCGCUGUCCAAGUGCGAGCAGGGCCUGCGGGCGCUCGGGCGCAGCCCAGCGGCGACCCUUGCGCGGCCCGUCCUGUCGCCCGAGGAAAGGCAGUCGCUCCUGCGCGAGGUGGAGGCGCUGGUGGAAUCACGCCUGAUUCAGGCGAGGGCGGUGGUCGAAGAGCGUGGCGUGGCGGCUACCAGGACGCUGCCCGAGGUCUCAGUGGCCUGCCAGAAGUCCGAGCAGCUGCGCCGCCGACGCCUGGAGGCACUCAGCGCUGGCCUCCACGCAGCGGCCUGGGGCCCGGACGCGGACGCCAUCGCGGGAAAUCCUGCACGGUUGGAGGCCCUGCGUGCGGCCACCCAGAGCACAGCCAAGCUCGUAGACCAUGCGUGGCGCGAGAUGGUGCAGAUGGCUGCGGAGUUUUUCGGCGACGGUGGCAGUGCGGGCAUGAACUCCGAAGACGCAAGUCGCUCGGCGAAGCGGUACAAGGAGAUGAGGCAGGGUUUGCAAGCGAACUUGGACAGGCUGGCCAAGCUCGAGAUGAACGUCCGAAAGGCGUCGGCGGCGCCAGCGGCGCCGGCAGCGCCAGCGGCGCCGGCAGCGCCAGCGGCGCCGGCAGCGCAAACCGUGCAGGCUCCGGUGAUGGGUUUCGUGCCACCGCCACGGGCUUCGACUCCCUCCGCGGCGGCGGGCGCGGUCAGUGCAGCGGCUGCCGCAGCCCCGGCUGCCGCCACGGAGGAGGAUUUCGCCCUGCACGAGGUCAGUCUGGACCGGGCCGCGGGGCAGCAGGCCACCACCGCCGUCGCCGAUGCUCCACCCGCCGCCCCCCUGAAGGGGUUGCUGGUGCCCGCCACGCAGGCCACUGAGGAGCCCGUAUUCAGGGGCGCGCCUGUGGACGCGCCGCCGUGAGGGCGCCCGGGGCCGAGCCCCGCUUUCGCGCUGCUGGGGAGCGUGCGCGGAAUAAAAAUUAUUUACGCUUCGCGUAUCCCCACCAGCC